AUGGAGUACAUGAACCAUACUUUUGGAAACAGAUUCAUCCUCAUCGGACUCUCCACCAACCCCUACCUGCAGACUGUGUAUUUUGUAGUAUUUUUGUUGAUGUACAUGGUCACCAUCCUAGGCAAUGUUCUUAUCAUCGUAAUAGUGAGGAUUGACUCCCAACUACAGUCCCCCAUGUACUUCUUUCUUACUAACCUAUCAUUCAUUGAUCUCUGCUUCUCCUCCACCAUUGUGCCAAGACUCCUGAUAAACACCCUGUCUAAAGACAAAAGCAUUUCUUUCUUAGGAUGUGCAGCCCAGAUGUAUUUUCAUUUGGCCUUGGGAGGGACAGAGUGUAUUAUUUUGUCAAUCAUGGCCUAUGACAGAUAUGUAGCCAUCUGCAACCCUUUACGCUAUACCACAAUCAUGAACAAAAGAAUAUGUGUUCAUGUUGCCGUCGGAGCUUGGUUUGCAAAUUUCCUUAACUCUAUCUCCCAUGCCUUCUUUACCUUCCACUUGCCCUAUUGUAGGUCUAAUCAUGUUGACCAUUAUUUCUGUGAGAUGCCUCCUUUGUUCCGCUUGUCAUGCAGGGAUACAUUAAUGAAUGAAAUAGCAGUAUAUGUCUCUGGGGGGCUUGUGGGUCUCUGUGCAUUUUUACUGACACUCAUGUCCUACGUCCAAAUUAUCUCCACUGUCAUGAAGAUCCGCUCCACCAAAGGCAGUCGCAAGGCUUUUUCCACAUGUUCCUCCCAUCUUGUAGUGGUCUGUCUUUACUUUGGUGCCAUUGUCUUUGUGUAUAUGCGUCCUCGGAACAGUUACUCACCCGAGAAGGACAGAGCUGUGUCUAUCCUGUAUACAGUUGUCACUCCGAUGGUCAAUCCCAUGAUCUACAGUAUAAGGAACAAUGAAGUCAAGGGAAGUCUGAGAAGGAUGCUGAUGCCCAAGGCCCAUAACCAAACUUCCUCAUGA